UGUGGCCGAGAUGUGGAUUCCGGUACCAUGGGCUCAGAUGUCAAUUCUACAGUUAUGGCCACAGAUGUGUGAUUGGAUGCUACAGAUGCUGUGGAUGCAUGCAGAUUGCAUAUGGUUAGGAUCGUAUCUCAGUGCUAUAACCCCUUGCCAAUAGGAGGUAAGCUAUUGGCUAAUCCCACUAGGUGGUUGGUCGUGGAGGACUACUACACCCAGAUAUGACAUACUGUAUCUUGAGAGGGCGCAACAUGGUACGACUUACUAUACUCAUGGCUGUUGGACAACAUGGGAGAUCGAUGACGGUGUGGCAUUCCAGGACCAUGGCUGUCAGGGGUUAGCUGGGGGCCGAGGUUCUUUCUGGGAUUGGUUGACUCUUGCUUGUAACUAGCUUGUAUCUCUGAGGCCCGACGUACUGGGAAGGAGAUACUACCUACGUUGCGUGUAGCACUUAUACCAAUAUUCUGAGACUUAGUAACUAGAAUGGAAUUAAUAUGAUAAAUGGAUUAUGUGGAUUAUGCAUAUGGGGCAUUUUGGUAUGGUUUAUGUGUGAGCAUGUGAUUGCAUCAUGAUGUGUGUGUGCUUGCUUGCUCACCCCUCAUUGAUUAUUCUUUUUAGAUAGUGGAACAGGAGCUGAGACGGAUAGGUGCUCAGUAUGAUUGUGAGGCCGUGUCUGUGAGAUACAUCAAAGUUGGAUGGAAUGUUCCUUCUGCUUAUUCAUUUAUUUAUUUUUAUUAUUGAGUUGUAAGAUUUAUUUAUUUGAUAUUGUAACUUGUGAGAAAUUUUUUAUUUUGGGCCUAUAUUAUUUCAUCAUCAUAGUUAUGAUCACCAUGCAUAUGCUUUAUAUGGAUCAUAUAUGCGUACUUUGAUUUAGCCGGUGCUCUUAGGGAUUUGUGUGGGUUGUACCCUGUGUCCGUGAUCCUGGGUAUGGUACGCUGAUUGGGUUGGGAAUCCAGUGUCGCAUACCUUAGCUAAAUUUAGGGCAGGGUGUGAUAUCUUCAUCUUCCCUCACUAGGUUUAUGAUUGUAAGCGUCAGAAGGCACCUCAAGUCAUACAAUCAUUAGAUACCUUGUCUGCUCCACCAUAAUUUCCUUUGAAUCGAGUUCCUCUUCCUCCUUCCAAGGUUUAAGAUCUUGAUCUCACCCCUAAUCUCGCUAAGCCAAAAAAGAGAGAUUUGGCAAUAUCUCACAUUAUUUAUUAGUCAACUCGGUGUAGAUAUGGUCUUUGUAACCCUUGAAAAUUUCCUUUUGCCCUAUUUUAGGCCUUCUAAACACAGUGGAAAUAUCAGUUUUUUAAAAAUCAAACCUAAAAUGGUAUUUUGACUUCGUACCCUAUGUAAGUAAUAUCCAACUCUCUGGACCCUAGUCUAGUAUGCUCUAUUCCACAAGCUAUAUUCCACAUAUGACACAACAUCUAAUACUUUUAGAAGUGAGAACACAUAUAAUCAAUUUAAAAAGUGUAAAUAAUCAUAAGAAUUUAAAAGUCAUCAUAUAUUUCCUUAAUUGUUUACCAUUUAACAUUGAUGAUUGAUGAGUCACAUUCACAUACAUUGAAAUGACAUAAGAUAAGCCACAUGACUACUUAGAUACAAUAUAUAUUACAUAACACAUGUAGAUAUAUUACGUGUAGUGUAGGAAUGAAGUUUUGAAAGCAAAAGCACCGAAAUCCCAUCAACAAUGUGUUUUUUCUUCGAAGUGUAGCGAUAGAGGUGAGUUUUGGGCUGUGUCUCUAUGAGAUGGGGUCGAGAUUUGGCGAGAUCUUGAUCGAGAUAUGAUUGAUUUUAUGUAUCGCCUGUCAUCUCUUCUCGGAAAGUCUAAAAAGAGAGAUAAUAGUGAGAUCUCACCGAGAUCUUAAACCAUGCCUCCUUCAGAUUAUGACUUCCCUAUUGCUGUAUACCAAGCGUUCUUGUACUUUUUUUUUUUUUUUUGGAUGUUAUGUAUUCGAUUGCUAAGUUUGUUGCCUUUCAACAUCUCUCUCGUUCCUAUCGCCAUUUUGUCUUGUCUUUAUAUUGUUUUUCUAUUCCUCCUUCAUAUAUAGAUGCUCUCUCCCAUCCUGAUUGGAAACAGAUAAUGGAUUUGUCAUCUUGAGAUAGAUACAUUGACCAGUCAGAAAAUUUGGGAGCAUAAUGUAUUACCAGAAGGAGAAGAACUUGUGAAAAGGGUUAUUUUUUUUUUUAAUUAUUAUUAAAUAUCAUCCUGAUAGUACUAAGGCUAGACUUGUAGUCAAAGGUUAUACAGUUACCUAUGUAGUUGACUUUUUUGAGAUUCAAUCUCUCUUGCUGUUAAUUUGGAUUGACCUUUAUAACAGUUGGAUGUGGCGAAUGUUUUCUGGUAUAGUGAUUUGCAGGAAGCGGUGUAAAUCUAUGUACUAGUUUAUUUAAUUAUUGUUUGCUUCUGUAUCUAAUUUAAUUCCGUGUUGAUUCAGACAUUCCAAAGGAGAACUGCAAUGUAUCUUCAUCCAGUUCCACUGAUGCAGUCCAUAUGAAUAAUAGUGGGCCCUGUUUGGAUGAAAGAGCUAGCUAUGGAUAUAAAAAGUCAGAGCUAACACUGUUAGAUCUUUAUUCUGGUUGUGGGGGAAUGUCAACUGGAUUAUGCCUCGGUGCCAAACUUUCUGGUGUAAAUCUUGUUACGAAAUGGGCUGUCGAUUUUAAUGAAUCUGCUUGUGAAAGCUUGCGACUUAAUCAUCCUAAUUCACAAAUUAGGAAUGAAUCUGCAGAGGAUUUUCUUGACCUAUUGAAGGAAUGGGAAAAGCUUUGCAAACGGUAUGCAGUUGAUUUAAGAAAAUCCUACAGAAUUCCAAACGAAGAUGAGGGGAAAGUAAAUCCAGAGUACAAGAUUCCAACUGGUGAACAUGAAGUUUUGAGGCUAGUAGAUAUUUGCUACGGUGAUACCAGUGAAACAGGGAAACGCGGGUUGAAAUUUAAGGUAUACCAACAAAUCAAACCUUUCUAGCAGUCCUAACACAUG